CAGCGCGCCUUCUGUGGAAAUCGUGAAAGACAGGUGGUGUUUGUGCUGUGCAUGUUUUUAUUUAAUUGCCAAGGGCGACUUAAAGGACUGCUGCAGUUGCAGAAGACAGUAACUUACAGAAAAAGAAAUGCAGGAAAUGAACGCUGCAAAUCUGGAAGUAGAGUGUGAGUGAAGAGGCGGCAGCUAGUGAGCGCCAAGGGAUCAUCAGCUGGGGACUCGCAGGUCUCCGGGCACCACAUCAUGGGGAUAUCAGGACUAUUGCCUUUCCUAAAGAAGGCUUCCCAAGGGGCCCACCUGAAGGACUUCAGAGGUCAGACGGCUGCUGUGGAUGCUUACUGCUGGCUGCACAAAGGAGCCUUUUCAUGUGCGGACAAACUGGUGAAGGGAGAGCCUACCAAUGGAUAUGUGAUUUAUGUGAUGAAGCAAGUCAGUCUCCUGUUAAGUCAUGGAAUAAAGCCCAUCAUGGUAUUUGAUGGCUGUCACCUUCCUUCCAAGGCAGUCACAGAGACCAAACGAAGAACAAAUCGUGAAAAAAACCGUAAACAAGCCAAGGAAUUGCUGAGGCAGGGAAGAGCUCGUGAGGCCCAUGAGCACUUCCGCCGCUGUGUUGAAGUGACGUCUGAGAUGGCCUUUGAAGUCAUCAGUGCUUGUCGAGCAAGGAAUGUUGAUGUUGUCGUUGCACCAUAUGAAGCUGAUGCUCAGCUGGCAUUCCUGAAUCUGAGUGGCAUUGCUCAAGUGGUGAUCACUGAGGACUCAGAUCUGAUUGUCUUUGGCUGUAAAAGCACUCUGUUCAAGUUGGACAGUAAUGGUGGCUGUGUGCUUGUGGACCAUGAGAAGCUGCAUCUUGCCAUGAACAUUCCUCGAGAUAAGUUUUCCUUCGAGAAGUUCCGCAAUAUGACCAUCCUGUCUGGUUGUGACUAUCUUCCCUCUUUGCCCGGCAUUGGACUGGUAAAGGCAUGCAAGUUCUUCAGUGUUACAGCAAACACAGAUAUCUUUAAUGUCCUGAGCAAACUGCCUUCCUACUUGAAUAUGCCAAAUCUGGAAGUCACUCAGGAGUAUCGGGAAAAGUUCAUGCAAGCCAUUAACACCUUCCUCUACCAGUUGGUGUUUGACCCCAUCAACCAAACCCUCCGUCCCCUAAGUGAUUACCCUGAUGACAUGGGGCCCAAUGACUACCCUUAUGCUGGCAAAUUUGUUGGACAUGAGAGAGCACGACAAAUAGCUCUUGGGAAUGUCAAUGUUCAGACGGGUGAAGUUGUUGAUCAUUUUGAUCCUGAAACAUUCAAGCCAACAGCAACCAAGUCAUCCAGCUGGGAGCCAAAGGAGAAAACAGUAAGCACCCACCCAAGCAUAUGGAUCAAGGAGCCUUUCAAGAAAAAAACUGAGGCUCCCUGUCUUCUUGAUCCAGGAAGACCAGUAGCCAUUGGAAAGGAAGUCACAGUAGCCAUGGCACUCUUUAAGAAAAAACACACAUUGGAGUCCAAGGAGGAUGACAUUUCAGAGCAAGAGCUGAAGGAUCUUUAUUCCCAGCCACAGAAACGGAAAAAGGUUGAAGCAUCACCAGAGCCUCUUAAAGAACAAGUUGAGAGCAGUAGCAAAAACCAUACUACAGAAUUACAUGAUAGUGGCUGCCAUGCCACAAGUCCAAUUGUGUCAUCUCCUAAAGAUGUUGAAAAUCCUGAAAAUAAAGAUAUGAACUCUGUAACCCCACCUGAAGCCUCCAGGUUUAAAAAUCCAUUUGCCAAAAGAUGCACAAGCCCCAAGAAGAUUUGUUUGCCGAACAUCAGCUACAGUUCCAUUAAGAAAUUUAACAAGAUGAAGAAAACAGUGAUAGACUCAAAUAUCAUCGUUCAAAGCAGAUUCUUUUCACCUAAUGUUCCUCUUCCAUCAAGCAACUCUGAGCUGUUUGUCAAGCCAAAUGUUGGUGAAGCAGAUCAGAGUACAAAUGUAUCUUCUAGAGAAAAAGGAAUUAAACUGAAGUCAUUGGAAGAUUCUCCAAGAGGCAAGAAUUCCUCGUUGUCUCCAGUUUUUAACUCAAAAAGUGUCCAGAAAAGUUCUUUUAAUUGGAAAAGGUUUAGUAAUGUGAGCUCUAGUGACCUGAAAAUUCAGAAAAUUCAAACAAGUGCAGCAGCAUCAUGUACAUUCAAGACAGUCAUUCCAAAAGAUAAGUGUGACCCACCAGUGCCAAAUCAGUCAGACUCCUUACAAGAUGAAGUGCUGCCAUCUGAUGAAAACGUCUUGAGUCAGGAAAAAAAAACCGGGGAAAAUGGUUCAUGUGGACUCACCUCAUCACAGACAACAUUGUGUAGUGAUAUUGAUUCAGUAGAUAAUGAAUCAUUUGGUUUAACACCCUCUUUGCCAUCUUCUCUUGAGGAUUCCACAGUCAUGCCUUUGAAGGAUGCUACAAACUGCCCAUCUGAGUCCAACUGUUUUAAAUCUUCCAAAGGAGAUGCUCAAGAAUCAGUCUCCAUUAACAAGAGUCAAUGCAGAAGCCAAGAAUUGCAACGAACUGAUAAAAAUAAGGAAGUUGGGAAGAAGCAGCUGAGCCUGACUGAUAUGUUCAGCUUCAAAAGAGAUGGACGAAAACUCCAGCUGCCUACAUCAGCGGUAUGAAGGUUUGGUGUUUCUUACAGCUGUAACCAAAAUUGUGAUCAAGAAAUUACUCCUGCAUGAGAGGAAGAUCAUCAGUUUCAUGUGUCAUCCACAAAUAUAGUGUUGGCUGCCAGAUUUUACAGCAAGUGUAUGCAACUUUAGUUCUGUGGUGACCAACAUUCUCUCUCUCUCUCUCUCUCUCUCUCUCUCUCUCUCUCUCUCUCUCUCUCUCUCUCU